UUUUUGAAUUUCUCACCAAUCGCUUUCUUCAUCCAUCAUCGCUCUCAACAGACAGACCUCAGUAGUCUCUUAACAGAGAUUCUUCAUCUUCUACUUCAUUUCAAACUUGAACAAGUCUGAAGAGUUAGCUCUGAAGGAUGUCGAGUUUAAAGAUAUCGGAUCCGAGCAAAUUGCAUCUCAAGAAAGAGCUGACUCAAAUCAGGAAAGUCUCCAAGUGUCUACGCGAUCCCGGAACCUCCUCUUCCUGGAAAUCCCCUCUCACUUCCUCCAGAUCCGUCCCAGUGGAACCGCCGAGCAACAAGGACGCCGAGCUUCUCAAUCAGUUGGAUUCACAGUUUCGAGUUGAGAGUAGUCGAGGCAAGGAGAAGGAGAAGAAGGUCUUCUUGUAUAACUGGAAGUCUCAGAAAACUUCUAGCGACAAUGAUGAUGAUGAUGAUGCGAGUGAUGCUAGGAACGGUGGAGAUUCGACGAUGUUCAGGUGCAGAGACAAGAAUCGUUUUACCAAGAAGAAGCGUAGGUUCUUGUCUCGAUAUCCUCAUCAUCAUCAUCAACCCAAAGAAGCAACAUCAGGUGAAGAAACAGAGGAUUUCAGCAAUUCAGAGAGUCUUGGCAAGCUCACCCAAAUGCUGAAGCUUAAGCACAAAAACUGGUCACGCUCUUCUUCUUAUAAGUUCCUGAGAGCUACAAGCAAGAGAGAUUCUUCUUCUUAUACUUGUAACAGCACACCUGCAUUGUCCACCAGCUCAUACAACAACCUGUACGCUAUCCGUAGCCCCAGCACUGUGGAAUCUUUUGAUGAUGAUAAUAACUUGGAUGUUACAGGGAGACAGCAAGGCUGUGGGAUUCCUUUUUACAGAACCCACAAAAGGAAUCUGAAACAUAGAGGUGGAUGUAGGAGCUGCUGUUCACCUUCGUUUUCGGAUACUCUUAGAAGGAAAGGAAGCACCAUCUUAUGUGGUGGGAGUCGUCAAUAUAUGCAUAGACAUUCUUCUGGGAGAUGUAAUAAGAAGCUGAGUGUUGUACCUUUGCUUAAAUACCGUGGUGAUAGUACUAGAGGAGGACGUUCAUCUUUAGGGAGUGAUGAUGAUUUUGGAGAGCUUGAUUUAGAGUCUCAGAGUAGGUUAGAUGGGAGAAGAUGGUCUACUAGUUGUAAGAGUCAUGGUGAAGAAGAAGGAAGUUCACCGGAAAAUACGCAGAGUUUGAGUAUAAAGUACAAACCAAUGUUCUUUGAUGAACUCGUUGGUCAGAGUGUAGUUGUUCAGUCCUUAAUGAACGCUUUGAAGAAGGGUAGAGUUGCUGGUGUUUAUCUCUUCCAAGGUCCUAGAGGAACUGGGAAGACAUCUACUGCGAGGAUCUUCUCGGCGGCUUUGAACUGUGAUGCGUUGGCGAAUGAAGAGAUGAAGCCUUGUGGGUACUGCAAAGAGUGCAGUGAGUUCAUGUCAGGGAAGAGUAAGGAUUUGUUGGAGCUUGAUGCGUCUAAGGAGAAUGGAGGUGAGAGAGUUAGUUACGUUUUGAAAAACCUGAUGAGUUUGGCUCCUCCACAGAGUUCACCAAGGUACAAGGUUUUUGUGAUAGAUGAGUGUCACUUGCUGCCGUCUAAGACUUGGCUGUUGUUGCUCAAGUUUCUUGAGAAGCCUCUUCAGAGAGUCGUCUUCAUAUGUGUAACUACUGAACUUGGGAACGUUCCUCGGACGAUUCAGUCAAGGUGCCAGAAGCUACUCUUCAACAAACUCAAGGAUGGUGACAUUGUUGUGAGACUAAGGAAGAUUGCUUCAGACGAAAAUCUUGAUGUGGAAUCUCAGGCGUUGAGCCUGAUUGCUUUGAAUGCUGAUGGUUCGCUUAGAGAUGCUGAAACCAUGUUGGAUCAGCUGAGUUUGAUGGGGAAGAGAAUCACCGUUGAUCUUGUGAAUGAGCUAGUGGGUGUUGUUUCUGAUGAGAACUUGCUUGAACUCUUGGAGUUAGCGUUAGCUUCUGACACGGCAGAGACGGUGAAGAAAGCUAGAGAGUUACUGGACUUGGGAGCUGACCCAAUUCUCAUGAUGUCUCAACUGGCUAGCCUUAUCAUGGAUAUCAUUGCUGGAGCAUACAAGGCCUUGGAUGAAAAAUACAGCGACGCCUUCCUUGAUGGACGGAACUUGAGUGAACCGGAAAUGGAGAGGCUAAAGCAUGCUUUGAAGAUUCUUUCAGAGGCUGAGAAGCAGCUUCGAGUAACUACCGAUCGUUCAACAUGGUUCAUAGCUACCUUGCUGCAGCUUGGUUUGAUGCCAUCUCCCGGAAGCACGCACAGCAGUAGCAGUAGAAGGCAAAGCUCUAUAGCAACUGAAGAACACCCCUCAAGCAUUUCAAGAGAAGUUAUUGCUUACAAACAAAGAUCAAGCCUUCAAUGUAAUAACUCAGCAUCCCCGACUUCCAUAAGAAAAGGCGAAACUACCGUUCAUGAAGUGACAUCUUUCUCCUCAUCCAGCGAAGUUUUAGAGAAUGACGCAUCUAUUUCAGAGAAACUAAAUGAUAUAUGGAUGAAGUGUGUAGAUAGAUGUCAUUCAAAGACAUUGAAGCAGCUGCUAUAUUCUCAUGGGAAGCUAUUAUCUAUCAGUGAAGUUAAAGGUACUCUAGUUGCUUAUAUUGCAUUUGGAGACAGAGAGAUCAAACUGAGAGCUGAAGGGUUCGUAAGAAGUAUCACAAACUCAAUUGAGACUGUGCUAAGGAGAAACGUAGAGGUGAGGAUGAUCCUCUUGUCUGAAACUGAGUUACUCAGCUCCAAGCAGACAAGACAAACAGCAGUGGCAGAUAGUUCAGAUACUGAAAGUGGGCAUGAGGUUCCAAUGAAAAGGAUUGAAACGAUCAUCCAAGAACAGAGAUUAGAAACUGAACGGCUGCAGAAGACUCCUGGCUCACAAGGACUGUUAAAACCCGAGAGGAAUCAAGUUUCGCCUCAGGAAGACACCAGUUAUCAUCAUCACCAACCAAACAUUGGUUCUGCAGUUUCUUCUGGACUAAACAAUGAAGUUUUGAAGAUUUGCAAAAUGGAUGAGGUUCAGGAGAAUCAGACCUGUAAAAGAAUGGAGCAUUGUCCUGUUUCACCGAGUAUACUCCACGAUAGUAACUUCACAAACAACAAAGACAAUCUAGGAUAUGAAUCUGUAUCAGGAAGAGGAGUUUGCAGUUUGCUUUUCUGUUGGAAAACACAGAAGUCUCCAAGAAUAACCAAGAUCAAAGGGACCUCUGUACGAUCACGAAGAAGUCGGAAGAGAAGAUUCUUGUUGUUCAGUGGAUGUGCUAAGACAAGGAAGUGAGAAAGGUUGCCGUAUGGAAGAUGAAAAUAUUCAAGACCCAAGAAAUCUCACCUCUUCACAAAAAUCACCGUGGUUUAAUAAUUCGUUUUAUUUUAACUGUAUUAUAAUUAAUUUUUAUGAAAAUAAUAGAACAAUUAUAGUAACUCAAUGCUAAAAUUGAAUUUGAUAGCAAAUAAAAAAAAAUUAUAAGAUAUGUAAUUUUAAAAGGAACUUUGUAUUGAAA